AUGGAAUCGAAUGAUCUUCCCCCUCACAUCUUCGCGGACCAGCAGGAGCCGGUUGGAGAUAGAGUGAAUUCCUACUUCAAGCUUGAAACCAUUACUAGUGCUACUAGAGGCGGUCCCACAGCGCUGGAAACCGUUGGAGAAGAAGGCGACACAGACUUGGAAGACGACGAUUGUUUGUUAGCUAGCACCCUCAAACUGGAUAAACUAUGGGCUCUUGACUCUUCUAGACAGGUAUUGGUCACUCCAAUAAUUCAAGGCGAGGUCGAUUUGAACUCAGAAGCUGAAUUGUCCUGGCCCGACGAAGCAGAAAACCCAAAGGUGGAUUAUAUAGAGAUGCUCAUCGCCGAGGGUGCAGAGUUUUGCAGGGAGUCCUUCCUUGGUGGCCGUCUAGGCGAUGCGCCACCCCCAAAGUCUUCGGUUCUGAAAAGUCAAAAACGCAAAGCGAAAGCUGCCGUGAAAAAAAAGUCCGUUGGGACUUCUUCUCGUGCCAAAAAAACCAAGGAGAGUGGAAAAUCAGCAAGUGCGGCCGACAAAGACGAUUGCCCGCCUACUGCGAUGGACAUCAUUUCAGAGCAGAUUGAAGCUGCAAUGAAGAGGGCCCAAGCCGCGAUGGUUGAUUCACUGGCCUCAUCAAUGCUCGCUAUGUCAGCCAAGGCGGAGCAACGUAUCAGAGAAGUUAUCCGAGACAUCAAUGACGGAACAUCCACAGAGCAGGUACCCCCCGUAGUUGUUUCUUCGAAACACCAGGAAGGCAACCAAGCCGACGGAGAUGCACAAACGACGGAGGAAUUGGCUUACGCAGGGACAUGUCCAGCCGUUUCCCCACCUAACGUUAUAGCAGAAAGAAACCUCCGUAACAGUUUAGCCACUUUGCGUGCACAACAGAAGUCUGUGUCUUCCCCGGCUGCAAUCGCCACGGGGGUCAUGGCCGACAACCACAAGUUCACCACACUCACAAUCAACGCUUCACCGGAAAGGGUACUACAAAUGGGUGAGGGACUGUGUAUCAGGGAACAAGACUUACUUGAUUUACCUCUAUCCAUUCCGCCGUCCCAUCAUGAGGUCGUGGAUGCUUGUACGAUGAUGUUGCAGAAAUCCUGGCUCGCUUGCUUUGCACCCAACAAAGAUAACAGAAUGAUGGCGUUUGAUUCAUCUGCCUCAGAGAGGCGUGGAGCGCGCAUUAUCCCUGAGCUGCAAUACAUUUGCCAGAUGUUUCCGUAUCUGGUCCGCAAGGCCACAUGCGGCGAGGGAGUGGUUGAUUAUGGGCUCGCACCUCUGCAGAUUAGGAGAGACACAACGGUUGUUCAAUCCACUGAAAGGAAAUGUACGGGGAUGCUGACACUCAUCAUCAUGGAGGCGCAUGUUGCCGGAGGACUGUCCAAGGCUUACGAAGUGCACGAAGGAAUGAUCGAUCAGCGCGCGAAGGACCUUGCCGUGGAGAUGGCCGAACAUUGUGCACAUGUCACCGGCACCCUUUAG